CAGGCUGGAGAAUAAAUAUGGGUGCUGGCUUAUCUUGAAUAAAACAUUAGAGAUUGCUGCACAAAAUGUGUAUCUUUUUUUUUUUCCGUGAAUAUACAGUACGUCAUCCAGGGGUGUUGGAUACUACCAGCCAUUUUUUGACCGAUUUUAUGGCUGACAUGCCAUUAAAAUGAAAAUUGUAUUUUUCAGUGAGCUGAUUCUUUAACGUAACCACCCACAAAGUUGCUAAACCAUGGCAUACUGUAUGUGAGUAUUGCUUCUCUUUAAUUAUUUUCACAAGACAUCUCCAGGACAAUUCAUCAUAAAAUAUGACACAAUUCUGUGAUGCAACUUGUAGUCGAGAAGCAUUUCUUUUCACUCGAGAAGUAAUGCUCAGAAGCUGACCACAGAGAGCCGAGGUAACAAGCCAGGAAGUGAUGUCGUUUAUCAUAUCGAACCAUGACAGCUACCUAUGACAGGAAGCCACAGCCACAGGGAGGAAACGAGCGAACAGCUUCAGAAGAGCCGAGGGGACACGGCAUUCAAGAUGAAUCUUGAUCUUUGAAGCCAACACUCACUAUGAAGACCAGGAGCAACCAAUUUUAAUGGCACCUGCAGUGAAAACCAUGGACGGAGGUGAAAAGCCCCAUGAAUUCCUUGAGGAGGAUGGCGAAGUUUGGGCUCCAGUACAGCGAGAGCGAUCCUAUACCACUGGGUCUGAGACCUCGGGGCUGAAGAGGAGGAAACAUGGAGACAGUUUACCAGCCCAGGUCACAGAUGAAAAGGAACCCAGUAACAAGAGAGUUAAGCCUGUCGCCAAGUCUUUAUCGGCCAACAGUACUCCACAGCAAAUGAAAGUCACUCCACUGAAGAAGCUCAGCUUAUCCAUCCAGCGUUCUAUAGGUUGUUGCAAUGACAAUCGGCUUUUCAGCUUCUACCCACGUACAAGGAGCCGAGAUUCAGCAUCAGCUAAGAAAAGGAGCAGCAAGUUGUGGAGUGAGACCUAUGACAGUGCACGGGAGGAGCUGUCCACCCGGGAGAUCAAACGUCAGGAGGUGAUCUUCGAGCUGAUGCAGGGGGAGCACAUGUUGAUAGAAGACCUCAACCUGGUUAAGAAGAACUACUAUGAGCCCAUGCUAAAACUGGCGAUCAUGAGUGAGGAAGAGCUGAACCAGAUAUUUGGCAUCCUGGACUCCCUGCCCGCAUUGCACCAAGAUCUCCUAGACCGCCUGCUGAAGUUACGCCGUGAGGAUGGAACAGUAAAUCUAGUGGGGCCAGCAAUGCUAGAAUGGUUUCCUCAUCUCCAGUCCUACAAGACAUACUGCUGCAAUCAAGUGUCUGCCAAGACCCUGCUGGACCACAAGAGGAGGGGCCAGGCUGUACACAACUUCCUACAGCUGUGCCAAGAAUCGGCCUUCAGCCGUAAGCUAGAUGUGUGGAGCUUCCUUGACCUGCCCCGGAGCCGAUUGGUGAAAUACCCACUUCUGCUGAAGGAGAUAUUGAAGCACACAAUGGUGGAUCACCCAGACCAUGGACCCCUAAGUCAGGCUGUGAAUGUCAUUCAGACUAUGAUAAGCCAGAUAAACAGCAAAGCUGGGGAGGCAGAGUGUGAAUAUUAUAAGAAACGGUUGUUCUAUCUGUACGAGAAUCAAAAUGAAGAGGAUGUGUCACGUUCUCGGAUCCUGCAUUGCCAUGGAGAGCUGAAGAACAACAAAGGCCAAAGGCUUCACGUCUUCUUGUUUGAGAGCGUUUUGGUCCUAACACGCUUAACGACCCACAAUGAUCAGCCUCAGUUCCAGGUCUAUCGUCAGCCCAUCCCUCUACCAGAGUUGGUGUUGGAGGACCUCCCUGACGGUGAAGUGCGAGUUGGUGGCUCCAUCCGAGGAGCUUUCACGGCAGCCAGUGACCGGGCCAAAAACUUUUUUCGAGUGAGUUUCCGGGACCGAUCCAGAGGCCAAGCUCACACGCUACAAACCAACGACUCCUUCAACAAACAACAAUGGGUCACCUGUAUCCGGCAGGCCAUGGUGGCAAGCAGAGAGCAAAAUAGCAGCCCCCUCCAGGCACAGGAGACUUCUGGUACUCUUAUAGACAUUUCUGACCUGAGCCUCAAUUGCUAUGAGGAAAGCAAGAAGAUGGAAGAUGGGUGAAAGGUGAAAAGGCAACUGUGCUUCUCUGGUAUGGAAAUGUGGUCAGUAAAGAGACGAUUUGAUAGAUCAGACUAUUGGCAAUGACCUGCAAUUCUAAUGAAUGAAGCUGAAACCUCAAGACUGUUAAAAAAAACAAAAAAAAAAGAACUUAUAGAUUUUACCCAUUUCAAGUCUAUAUAUUUUUAUACAUGGUUUAUAAGCGUGGUUUUAAUAUUCUGAUAAAGACAAGUGAUUAUUUUCUGGUUGCUCUCUUAUACUGAAAUGUUUCUGCAGUGGGCUUUACAGAAGCUGAUCUUUCAUCUUAAAAAUCGUAUUAAAACAUGCAAUGUGUUAUAAAGCUGGCCAUUAACAUUUUUAUGUAUACCAAUAACUAAGAAGAACUGACCACUUUAUUUACUGUUGCAAAUAGUGAAUUGGUUUCAUUUUAUAAGAAAUCAAUAAAUGUGAUUGCAGAUUGCGGACUACAGCAAAAACAUUGGAGUUUGUGUGUCUGCUCACACCUAGCCUGUUCCAAGAUUCAUAUAGCAAAUGUUUCAAAGCUUAGGCUGACCAUACAUUAUUCAAUUUUCUUAUUCAAUUUCCUAUAGAUUUACCUUCAACUAUGUAGUGCAAGGGCC